AUGGCCGACUUCCUGGCGCCCCAGACCACAGCCCCGGGCAGCGUCGACGCCUCCCGUCGCCUGCAGGGCCCCAUCCACUCGGAACGACACGUCCGCAUCAUCACGGUCGGUGCCGGCGCCUCGGGGCUGCUCAUGGCGUACAAGCUCCAGAAGCACUUCAGCAACUACUCCCUCCGCGUCUACGAGAAGAACCCAGAGGUCGCGGGCACGUGGUACGAGAACAAGUACCCCGGCUGUGCGUGUGACGUGCCCAGCCACAACUACACAUGGUCCUUUGAGCCCAAGCUCGACUGGUCCGCCGUCUACCCGCCCGCCAAGGAGAUCUUUGCCUACUUUGACGGCUUCGCCGACAAGUACGGCCUCAAGCAGUACAUCAAGACGGAGCACCAGGUGAUAGGCUCGUACUGGAACAACCAGCGGGGUGGCUACGACGUCAAGGUCAAGGACCUCAAGACGGGCACCGUGGUCCACGACCACUGCGACAUCCUCAUCAACGCCAGUGGCAUCCUCAACAACUGGAAAUGGCCUGCCAUCCCGGGCCUCGAGAACUACAAGGGCAAGCUGCUCCACACCGCCAACUGGGACGACUCCGUGUCUCUCGAGGGCAAGCACGUCGGUCUGAUUGGCAAUGGGUCCUCCGGGAUCCAGGUCCUCCCCGCCAUCAGGGACAAGUGCGCCAAGGUCACCACAUUCAUCCGCGAGCCGACGUGGGUGUCCCCCGUGCAGGGACUCGAGCAGCACCGCUUCUCCUCUGACGAAGUCGAAACCUUUGCCCACAAGCCCGGUGCCUUGCUGCAGUACCGGAAGGAGAUUGAGUCCGGCCUCAACGGCCAGUUUGGCAUCUUCCUCCGCAACAACAAGGUCAACGAGGACACACACAAGUACAUGCUCUCCCAGAUGAAGGAGAAGCUCGGCGAUGCCUACCUGGAGGACAAGCUGAUUCCCGACUGGAGCGUCGGCUGCCGGCGUCUCACCCCAGGCGUCGACUAUCUCGAGUCCCUCACCAAGCCCAACGUCAAGGUGGUCUAUGGCGAGAUCAACUCCGUGUCCGAGAGGGGGUGCGUCUGCGACGACGGCAACGAGUACCCCGUCGACGUGCUCAUCUGCGCCACGGGCUUCGACACGACGUUCAAGCCUCGCUUCCCGGUGGUCAACCCUGCUGGCGAGAACCUGCAGGACAGGUGGGCGGCCGAUCCCGAGUCCUACCUGGGCCUGGCCGCCGCCGACAUGCCCAACUACCUCAUCUUCCUCGGGCCCAACUGCCCCAUCGGCAACGGGCCUGUCCUUUGCACCAUCGAGUCGCAGGCGGACUACAUGUGCAAGCUCAUCGACCGGUACCAGACGAGCAACGUGGCCACCUUUGCCCCCAAGGCGGACGCCGUCCGCGACUUUGUCGCCUACAAGGACUGGUUCAUGAAGGGGACCGUCUGGGCGGACAGCUGCCGCUCCUGGUAUAAGAACGGCCCGGACGGGCCCAUCACCGCCCUUUGGCCCGGAUCGGCGAUGCACUACAUUGAGGCCAUGCGCGACGUGCGCUUCGACGACUUUGAGUUCCAGUACGCCGGCAACCGGUUCUGCUUCCUCGGCAACGGGUACUCGCAGACCGAGCUGGACCAGACGGCCGACUGGGCCUUUUACAUUCGAGAGUACGACGACGACCCGCCCCUCACGACGGGCGGGCGGCGCAAGCUGAUGAGCAAGAGUGGCAGCGUCGUUGACCGGCAAACUGUGAGUUUCAGCGGCAUGCCGAGCGAGGCGGAGAAGAAGCAGGAGCAGCAGCAGCAGCUUUCGAGGGAAUCGCGUCUAUAA